AUGCUCACGCCGGCGAGGUACAGCUAUCCUGAGAUUCUUAUCAUCACCAAUCACUUUGAGAAGAAACUGGGACAGGGUGGCUUUGGUUCCGUCUUCCUAGUUAAACUUCCCCCGGGGUACCUGGUGGCAGUGAAGUUGUUCAAUGACUCGAAGUUCAACGGUGAAGACUUCAUCAAUGAAGUGUCCACCAUUGGUCGGAUUCACCACAUCAACGUGAUGCGACUCAUCUGAUACUGCUCAGAAGGACGGAGGCGAGCUCUAGUUUACGAGUACAUGCCAAAUGGCUCACUGGAUAAGUACGUCUGUCCAGGGAAGGACACGGGGCCCUCACUCACAUGGGAGAAGCUGAAUGAGAUAGCACUGGGCGUAGCUCGAAGAGUGGAAUAUCUCCAUCGAGGCUGCGACAUGUGCAUUCUGCACUUCGACAUCAAGCCCCACAAUAUCCUUCUCGAUCAUGACUUCACUCCCAAGGUUGCCGAUUUCGGCCUUGCGAAGUUGUACCCUAAGGAGCAGAGCUUAGUGUCCGUGAGUGCUGCGAGAGGAACGAUGGGCUACAUUGCCCCAGAGCUCGUCUCCAGGGACUUCGGGCAAAUAUCCUACAAGUCGGAUGUGUAUAGUUUCGGGAUGCUGCUGUUAGAGGUAGCUGGUGCAAUAAAGAACUUGGAAGCGGUCACAGGGAAGUCCAGUGAAGCGUACUUUCCGGAUUGGGUAUACGAUCGUCUGACGGAGGAACGAGAACUAGAAGAUGGUGUCGACGGGAAGAUGGGUGAAAUAGAGAGGACGCUGUACAUCGUGGGGCUUUGGUGCAUUCAGAUGAACCCCUCGGAUCGUCCCUCCAUGAGCAGCGUCGUGGAGAUGCUGGAAGCAAGAACACCGGACCUAAAAAUGCCCGCCAAACCAUUCUUCCCUUCGUCUGAGAAUUCGUUCGCUGGAGGAUCUACCGUUGAUUCCUUUUCAGCGGAAUUGCCAUCAAUGUCGGAGGAAGGAAGUUCCAACAUGUAG